AUGGCUGCGUGGUACACAAAGGCUAGCUAUCUCUUUGAUAUUUACCAGGAGCCGGACUCUCAGGUGGCCCACCUCCUGGCAGCGGUGUACUUCUACGCGACUCGUCUCAAUUAUGUCUCACCGGAUCUGGAGUGGCUCGCCAACGCAUUUGUGGCAGAGCGAAAAAUGAAGCUCGAGCAAGCGGGGGACAGCACCACGUGGACGCCGGAGACGAGGGCGUCCCUGGAGGCUGAAAUCCGCCACGCAUUCUUCAACAGCAAGGCGAAGGCGGAUACCAUGGUUGGCAAGGGCACUGUUCGCCCUCUCUUCGAUCCGGACAAGCCACCCAGAAGGAACAACAAUAACCAAGGCGGCUGGAACGCCCCCCACUCGGGAGGAAGGCAGAAUUUUGGAGGCGGCCAAGGUGGCGGGCGCCCUAGGUUUGGAGAUAGAGAGAAUCAGGGAGAUCCUGCUGCAGGCCAGAAUAGAGGGAACAGCCCCCCAGCGCCUAUGGCGGCGGCGGCGGCCGCGCUGCCCGGAGGGGAUCCCCCGGCCAGGCUGGAACAAGCGAGCGAAUUACCGGAGGUUUCCCCGGAUGUUGGGCUCGACGUAGACGCUGCUAGCUCGUUCGAGCCGUCGUCUGUAGAGAUAGACCUCGAAGCAGAUCCGUUAGGCAGCCCCGCUAACGCUUCUGAUCUGUUGGAGUGGGAUGUUAAAUUUUUCGCCCAGUUCAUUCCUCGGAUCCCGCCGACGCCGAAUAACGAGCAGCUUGUCCGGGAAUUGAGGGAGCUUCUGAUGGAAAUCGAAGCGGGGCCUGAGAUAAGCCCGCUGCGGGAAGGCGAGCUGACAGAGUGGAUCAAAUCCGUUGUAACCAAAGUGAAUCCGGUAGAGAGUUUCGUGGCGGGCUGCUUCGGCCGCCACCUUCCGAUUUGGGAAGAGCUUCUGAAGGAUUCCACAAGGCCGUCCUCCAAGACGGUGUUGUCCUGGCUGCGGAACGGCAUCAAGCCGUCCUUCGUGGGAACGGCAGAGUGCGACCCUAAAAAGUUAGAGCGGGUUCGGCUUAUGCUCAGGCGAACGGUGGGCGUUUCAAGAGUUGAGGAGUGGCUCUCGGGAGAAGUGCCUCACCCGGUGGAAUUUCCCAACCACCGCUCGUUUUACGAGAAUUCGGAGUUUGCUCUCGAAACAGUGGGGGAGAUGCUCGUCAACGGCUCCGUUCACCUCUGCGCGGCGGGUGAAAGAAAACCAAAAGUCGUAAACCCCUUGGGCGUAGUAAACCUCCCCAAGGGACGCCUCGUCCUGGAUGCCGGCUACAUCAACGCUUUCUCGAAAGCGCACCCGUUCAAGUACGAAACGCUCCGCGACAUCCUCACCUUCCUCUCGUCCAAAGGCUUUUUUGCCACGUGGGACUUCAAAGCCGGCUACUACCACGUCCUCAUUCACCCCCGCUUUCGGACCUACUUCGGCUUCAAGAUCGGCACCGCCUACUUCUACUACAACGCGAUGUGCUUCGGGUGGUCCGAAGCCUGCUAUGCGUAUACGCUUAUAACCCAAGAAGCGGCCAAAGAGCUCAGAACCCGGGGUGUCCCCGUUUCCAGUUAUCUAGAUGAUGGCCUGACGGCCAACCAGGACUUCGCCCUCUGCCUUUGGCUCAUCGUGGCGAUUGUUCGCUUCCUCACCCUCCUUGGGGCAGUUUUCAGUCUGCCAAAGUGCCAGUUCUGGCCAGUCCAAACGGGCGACUGGCUCGGGUUCGUGGUAGACACGCAGGCGGAGCAGUUUCGGGUCUCAACAGCCAAGAUGACUAAGGUGAAAGCGGCCUUAGGGGAGCUUCUAGGGGCAAAGGAAGUCAGCCCCCGGAUUCUUGCCAAAGUAGCGGGGAAGAUUAUCGCGCUAGGACCCGCGGUGCUCCCCGCUUCCUUGUACAGCAGGCCCCUUUUCCAGGCGAUGCAAGGUCGCAUUUCGUGGGACGCGAUUUUCGCUACCCCACAAGCGGCCAAGGACGCGGCCAAGCUUUUCCUGGAGCGCCUGGACGACUGGAACGGACGGCGAUGGUUUCCACGUCAGAUCCGGAUCGAGGCAGCUUCGGACGCCUCGGACUUCGGCUUCGGGGGAUCCUUCUACAUUGCCGGCAGCCCCCCUUUCCACUUAGCGGGGUCCUUAACCGAGACGGAGGUCCACCAAUCCAGCACCGCGCGCGAAAUGAUUGGGUUUCUCCGAAUUCUACAGCAAGCAGUGCAACGCCACCGUCCUCUUCUCUCGGGGGCAGCCGUUUUGUUGGUCGGCGACAACCAAGGAGCGGUGGCGGCCGUUAACAACUUCAGGAGCUCGGCGUCCGACGUCAACGCCGCUCUGCAAGGGAUCUUCAAGCUUUGCUCAGAAGCGGACUUCGACGUUUUAGCCCAGUGGAAACCACGGAUAGAGCUGGCAGAACAGGACGCCCUUAGCCGAGUCCCCGACGCGUCGGACUGGGGCCUAACCCCCAAGGUUUUCGCUGACGUCAUCUCGCUCUUCGGUCGGCCGGACGUCGACCUCUUUGCUUCUGACACGUGGCAUGUGGCGGGGCGGUUUGUGACCCCCCGCUAUAUGCCAGGCUGCCUUGCAGUCGACGCUCUCCGGACGGAUUGGAGGACGCUAGUUAAGCAAGGCGAAACGGCGUGGAUAUUCCCGCCAGUUAGGGCCAUUCCUAGCGUGUUGCAGUCGUUGCGAAACUUCAGGACGGACGCAAUUCUAGUGGUUCCGGAAGCGACCACCACAAACUGGUGGGUCGAGCUGAUGAGUUUAGGCAGCGGCGCGGUCAUGGCAGGGCCUCUGGCCAUCGAGCGGUCUACAGAUGCGUGCAUCCCUAGCAGGCGGGUGCCGGCUGGAACGGUCAAUCCAGCAUUAUAUAAGCUUCGAGUGUUUAAGAUUAAUUGGAAGUAA